AUGUACACCAGUGUCACGGGAGAAGAGUAUGUGCUGGAGCCAGGCGAACGAGGGGAGAAGCAGCAGCACUCGCCCUGGUCCGCACCGAGGGACAGGCGGAAGCGGAACAAACACAACCCCUCCCCGCUCACCAUCAGCGAGGACUUUGAGUACACCAGUCCCCCAAAGCGUCACAAUGGUACGAUUGUGGGGCCGAAUUCUCAUGGUGAUGUGGCACAGGGCGGGAUUCUGAAGGAUGGUGUCGCCCCUGCCUGUCAAGCAGCCCAUGCUCCUGUGCUGUUUCCUCCUCCAGACGGACAGAGCCCGGCUGCCAGGGCCCUACGCAUGUCCCAGGGCCUGGACGACCAUAUCCCGGCACUGCACACGGCAGGACCCCUGGCGCAGGGGCUGUUCCAUCGCAGCUCACCCGGCCCCCCUGACCGCAAGAAGUACUCGCCCCUCCAGGCGGGGCUGGACGUCGCCUCCUUCCGCGACAUCCAGACCCUGCAGUCCAGCAUCUCAGGUGGCGGAGCCAGUGCGCGUACCCCGGCGCGCACCACCACCUCUUCCCUGGACCCCGGCAGCACGCGGUCCUCGGACCGCGCCAGCCGGGGCAGCUCCCAGCGCAAGACCUGCUUCACCUGCCCCAGCCCCUUCUGCCUGGGCCUGUCCCCGGCCAGGGACUCGGACAGCGACGAGGAGGUCAGCGUCCGGCGGCCCGGCGCGGGUGCAGACGGCUUCGUGCUGCGCACCCGCGCAGACUUCCAGCUGGCGACGCCGCGGGGUGCGGCCGUCGGCGCUGACCUGGUCCGCGAGUCGAGGCGGGCCGCGCUUUCUUCAGGGGGAAGGCCCAAGGAGCCUGCCGCGGAACCCUCGGUAUGCUCCUCCCGUGAUGCCCAGCCCCUGACCUCCCGCUUCGGGCUGAGCAGGGCGGCGCUGGAGGCGCCGCACCCGCCCGCGCGCUCGUCCACCUUCCACGCCCCCGCCGCCGCAUGCUGGCCGGAGCGAGGUCUCACCCCCAACAGUGAGGGGGGGCGCAGCGAGGGGCCGUGCCCGGGGAUGGGCGCAGCCUGUGAGACGCCCCUCUCUGUAGACCACCUCAACGACAUGCUCAGGCAGGCUGGGGACCGGCGUGUGGAUUUGUGCUCCUUGGGCCCUUCAAACCCCCGCGACGCGGAGGCCAUGGUGCGGGACGCCUGCACUGGGGGGGGACUGGUGCCCAACGCCGCCACGCUGCGCACGCUGGACAAGAUCUGGGCGGUGCACGAGCAGUUGCACGGGCAGUACUGA